GUAAUAAACGAGCCGCGUUUCACACGCCUUUCAUCUCGUGGUCAAUACACAAUGUAUGUACACCCGGUAAUGAAGUGAGUUUUCAGCCACAGGUCAUUACAAACCUGGUUAUGUUUUUACACGUGUUUAAUACUCGCUGUAUUAUUUACCCUGGCGCAUAAACAGUAGGACUUGAGCAAACAACGUUGACAUGCACCUACCAAUUAAAAUCUGCGAUAGUUAAACUGUGACUCUUACUGGACAAUACCGAGUCAACAGAGAGUUGCUGGGUUCAGACGUAUUGUGAACGUAUUCAGGACUAAACCGACUUAAGAACGUCAACGUCUAAUGUAGAGAACGCAAUGGAAUCUUGCAGACGACAGUGAAACUGGAAUUCAGUUGCCCGUAUGUAGUGAAACGCAAACGGAACUACACAAGAUGACGCUUGCUGUGCAGUAACGGUGACAGUAGCUCGACGCCCGUCAUGGAGCGACGUCACCGGGGAGGCAGACUGCGGCCUGGCAGAACUACGUCACCGACGACGUGCACAGCGGAGCGGCGCAUCAGACGCAAACGAGACCCCGGGGCAGACGAAAUGAUUCGCUUUGUGCGCGAAUUCCAGCUCCAAAAACAACCCACUCUACUGCGCAUCCAGAAGAGGGCGCCUCUUCCGGACAUCGGUCACCUAGCAGCGCCCUCUGUUCAGGAUUCCGGAUUUGAUGAGAAAACUGUCGAUGACAAUGGUAUCGAUGGCGACGCGCCGUUGGACGAUGAAGUGGCGGCGAUAGACGACAGCGCGACGUCGGUUGGAACAAACGGAUACAAGAUCGUGUGUGACGUGGACGCCUUUCAGAGGAGGCCCAUGCACAACGCUCGAUCAUUCGAGACGCAUCUCUCCCAGCAGGCCGGUCGGUUUAAAUACGACGGCGUCCUCAACUCGUAUGGAAGGCUGAACAUAGGACGUAUAAACCAGCCCACACUCGUCCAGCUGCCGCCAAUCCAGAGAGAUGAUUUGCCGGAAAGACCUUCUGCGCCGUCUCCCAGUGUUACGCCUCCACUUCCAGGGGAAGAUCUGGACUCCGCGGGUGAACCAGUGGACUUUAUUGAUCCCACCUGAACUGUGUGCGUAUGUGUGCGUGUGUGUGCACGAAUAUUAUGUUUGUUUUUGAGUGUUUCACGGAUAGGACAAGUAUAGUGACAUUUACAAUGCGUUACAUUUAACUUCCAUUUUGUAAUGCUUGUACCAUACCUCAGAUGAUACAGUGAUGCCGAGUCGAAUAACUGUAAAUAGUGACCACAGACCUUGUUAACGGAUUGUAUGUGGUAUAUGUUAUAUAUAAAUUAUUACAUCUAUGUUGAAUAUGACUCGACACGUCUAUAGUCAACAUUUCAUUUAUUGUUGAACGGAAGGGGGGGGGGGGGGUCAAGUACUUGAAGUUAGAAAUAUGACACAACCACAGCAGUGGUUUAACGCUAAAAUUAGAUGAAAUAUAAAUUUGAAUGUAACUCGGAAACGUUUAAUUGUUAUUGCUGUAUCACGUGACAUAUCAGUGCUUCCGGUGUCCACUCGGGUGAACGUUGCGCCUCCACCUGGUGUAAUAUAGCGACUACCUCAGACUAUACGUUUCAUGUUGGUUACCAUCGUUACUGAUGUUCAACUACACAAGGCAGCACAUACAUGGAACAUAUAAUAUAUAAUGUGUAUAAUAUGUAUAUGUAAUAUUAAUAAUUAUGUACCAUGCAUAUAUUGUUCAAAUAAAAAGUGUCAUGUAUGCACAAACAA